AUGGAAAAUCCGGAGAGCAGACAGUGCAAGUUCUGCGAGUUGCCGUCUGCUAAGUACACGUGUCCGCGCUGCGGCUUCGCGUACUGCAGCAGCGCUUGCUACAAGGAUGCGCGCCACCACAAUUGCAGUGAAGACUUCUACAAGGACUGGGUGCACACGUACCUGAGGACGGAGCAGGCGGAUCCCGAGGCUCGCCGCAAUAUGAUGGACGUCCUCGCGUCUGCACACCGGGAGGAAGAGGGCGAGCAAGGCGAGCAGGAAGAGCUCGUCGAGCGACUGGCGGAAGUCGACCUCGACGAUGCUGAGUCCGCUUGGAGCUGUCUCACCGAGGAAGAGAAGGCAGAGUUUGAAGAGCUCGUCGCGUCUGGUUCGGCGGGCAAGCUCGUGCCUGUCUGGCAACCCUGGUGGGAGCGAGCGCCCCUCAUCGCGGAGGUCGCCCCUACGGAUGCAAUCUCCGACGUCCCGCCGCUGAGUCGCCUGACAUCGCAACCGCCGGCGCCUUGCGUCGUCAACAGCGCGCUCAACGUCUUGUGCGGUUAUGUUUACGUGGCCAGGCUCUACAACGGGGACCUGCUCCCCGAGAGUGCCCUGGAGCUGCUGUCCGUCAGUGCGAUCUUAUCCGAGGACGCGGUGUUUGCGAGCGCGUCCGAAGCCGUACAGAGUUCGCUGCAGAGGACGCUGACGCUCCGAGAGCAGACGACGGCCCAAGAGUUCCCGGCUGUGCUCGCGAGCUUCCGGAAGCUCCUGGAAGGUGCCGGGCUCGGCGACAACGUCAUGAGAGCACUAGAAGAGGUCAGGGCCUUGCUCCAGGGGGCGGCAGAGAGCGGCCAUUUGGAGAGAGAGGUCAGACGCAAACUCAGGCACGCUGUCAAGAAGGCCGAGUAUCUCGUGGCAUGGGCCCGCGAGCACGGUCGCGAGCUACUCUCCUGCCUCCCGGACGUGGAUGCGGAAGCGCUGGCCGUGGCCGAAAACGUGGCCUUAUUUAAACGGGCCGCGGAGACCGUGGUGCGUAAGGCUCCGGCCAGUGACGUAGGGUCGAGACCUCUCAUUGAAGAACUGAACUAGAUAGCAGCGCAGGCCCACUUGGCAUUCAAUAAAGAACAAACGACCCGA